AACAAAACACAACUCGCUGCUUACACCAGAGGGCACUACUGAGCUCUCAAACAGAAAGUUGAAAGAGGGAGAGGGAGAGGAAGUUAGUUGCGCAGGAACACAGGUAUAGAGUCCACACACACACAUAUCACUCGCUACGUGAGCAGCUAUGAAGACCACUUGCCUUCUUCUCACCCUGGCCCUGCUCUGCCUUUCUGAAUUGAGUUUGGCUGAACAACCUUCUGGCCAACCAAAGGAGCCUAACUGUGCGCAGUACGCAGAUGCUAUGUGUCCCAGGGACUACAAUCCGGUGUGCGGGGCCAAUGGCCAGACUUACGCCAAUGAGUGCGUACUGUGCAUGGAAAACAGGAUGAAAAACGUGCACAUCCAGAUCCGGGGUUACGGGGAGUGCCUGGAAUGAUCCAGGACUGCGAGGAGCCCCGCAGCCUCUUCAUCAAAACAGUCCACUCAUUUCUGAGAGGACACAAUAAACGUUUCAGCAUUC